ACAAUGUCCUGGACCUGGUUCAAGUGAGUGGAAUGAAAGACUGGCCGUCCUUCAUGUAGUUGUGGAAGGCAAAGUCCCUCAUCAUCUCAUGUAGUUGCAGAAAACACUUUCUUUCUCCGGACGUUACCAAUAACCAUAGCCAGGAGAAGUCCGGACGAAAGUCAGUCCAUUCACCAUGCCGGGUGUCAACGAUCACCAAGAAGAUCCGCUAGUGGAAAGCGAUGAUGACGACGAUUCUCUACGUACUAGGUUGGCAACCAAAGGUCGUUUUUCUAACAUCAAGGGCUUUCGGAUGAUCGUUUUGGCAAUGACCGUGUUUUCAAUAGCCAUUCUCGUGUCGUUGGUCAUCACUAUUUUGGUUGGCAAAUCGCCGAAGAAGGACCAAUAUGCUGUGUCUUCAGACUCUGCAACAUGUGCUAGAGUUGGCAAUGAUAUCAUGAAGAAGGGUGGCAGCGCAGUGGACUCAGCCGUUGCAAUCUUGUUCUGCUUGGGUGUUGUUCAUCCACACUCCAGUGGUAUCGGUGGUGGUGGAUUCAUGUUAGUGCGCAAUGGCUCCAACACAACAGUGUUCAACUUCAGAGAGACCGCUCCCUCUCAGGCACGCUUCGACAUGUAUGAUGGAAAUGAGAUACUGAUGGAAUUGGGUGGUUUGGCUGUUGCAGUACCGGGUGAGGUCAAAGGAAUGGAGCAUGCUCACAGGCUGUAUGGUACGCUUAAGUGGCCAGAUGUGGUUCAGCCAGCUAUUAAUCUUGCCAGGCAUGGGUUUCCGUUUGAAAGCAGCGUAAAACGUGCGCUGGAGUCGAUGUUGCAGGUCACGAAUGGCUCUGCCGAAGGCCGGGCCAUGUUCAAGCCAUUCCGUGAUAUGUUGAUGCCUGAUGGCGUGGUGCCAGCUGUGGGAACCAACUUGACAAGGCAUUCUCUAGCUGAUACUUUGGAGGAAAUUGCACUGCAUGGAAGUGCUGCUCUGUACACUGGCCAUAUUGCAGAGACUAUUGUGGACGCGGUGAAAAAAGCUAGAGGCAUUAUGGUACUGGAUGAUUUGAAGCAGUAUAACGUGAGCGUGGAUUCGCCCACGGUGACCAACUUGACUAAGGGCUGGACUAUGUAUAGUGCCCCACCACCUGCCAGCGGUAUCAUUGCCUCAUUCAUCGCUAGCAUACUCACAGGCUAUGGCGGUUUGUCUGAUGAUGCCCUGUCCUACCACCGCAUGGUCGAGGCUUUCAAGUUUGCCUAUGCGCAGCGCUCAUACCUGGCUGACCCGCAUUUCAACUACAGCUCGGGUGUGAAAGAUCUGAUUGAAAGGAAACUGGCCAAUCGCACCUUUGCUGAUGAGGUGCGUAGGAUGAUCACCGAUUCGCACACACACAAUGUAUCCUACUACGGGGGAGAGUAUGAUGUGCGGGCAUCGUCGGGGACAACGCACGUCUCUGUUGUACGCGCUGACAGUGCCGUCUCUGUCACCAGUACCAUCAACACCUACUUUGGUGCGCUUAUCAUGACUGAUUCUGGAAUCGUGUUGAACAAUGAAAUGGACGAUUUCGCCGCUCCCAACGUCACAAGCUUCUACGGCUUGCCGCCAGCAGAGCCCAAUUUUGUUGAGCCGUACAAGCGCCCACUCUCCUCCCAGACACCUACUAUUGUGUGUGAUGAGAAGGGAGAUGUACGCCUGGUGCUGGGUGCAUCCGGUGGUACCCACAUCACAACAUCUGUGUUUCAAGUCUUUGCCAAGGUGCACUGGCAGGGCAAGAGUGUGUACGACACUGUGUUGCAGCCCAGACUGCAUGAUCAGCUCAUUCCGCCGUAUGUCAUGGCUGAAACAGCCAUGGACCCGGCUAUUAUAGCUGGGCUGCAAGCACGCAAGCAUGUUGUCAAUGCUACUUACCGUGCCUUGGCCGUGGUGCAGGCUGUUGAACGGACAAGCAACGGCACCCUUAGAGCGCAGGCAGAUGUUGUGCGCAAGGGUGGUGCCUCAUUUGUGGGCAAUGUACCUUGAGGUCUAGGCAAACAGCUCUCCAUUUUAAAAAAAAACUUUUACUUAGGACUGUAGUUGUCAGUAGCACUGGCUUUUCAUUUGAUUUAGCUCAACACCAUGCAGGCCAGGUCAUAGUCUCUUUCCCUGGUAUCCUUUCUUUUCAAACUUUCGUCUAAGUUACAGUUGGGGUUCUUGCUAGUAGCAUCGUGCGAGCGAUAGCCUCUACUGGCUCUAGCGCUUAGUGCUGUCAAUUUAUAUUUCCCUUCCUGGGUGUGUGGGGGCUGGCCGAGACUGUCACAGAAAAAGCAGGGGUUUGCAUAUCAAAGUAUUGGUCGUGCAGUAUGCAUCAUACGAAGCACUUUCUAAUGCGUAUGAUCUGGCAGACUCCUUCCUUCAUGCAUAGUGCGCUUCAUGCACUUGCGAAGAAUGAUCCCAACAUUUGUCUUCUCAAUUACUUUUGCUGAUUUUUGAUGGACCCUUCCACAACCCUUUUUAGGACUGCAUCAUAAAUUAUAACUUCUUUUUUUGUUCUGUAAUUUCAAUUAUUUAAAAACAAAAGUUUUAUCAUUCCUGUGAGCGGCUAGGCCUUGAUGUAUUUGUAUGACUGUAUAGUUUCGACUGCUCCUGUAAUCCAGAAGCGAGUUGGAAGCCUAGUACAGAUCUACUUCACCCCAAGUUGAUUGUCUUUGUCUCUCGUCUACUUUGAAGUAGGAUUUCUCUAUACUUUUAGACAUAGGUGUUCGUCUGUGAUGGGUUUUAUCUUCUUUCUGGACGACUACUGAGUACUCUACUGCUAUGAACUAACAUUAUGACUACAUGAUGCACUGUGCUUUCAAUGUACAUGUACUGCGCUGCAUGUACGAGUAUUAUGUUCCGUUUC